GACUUCCAGACGGUCGUUGGGUCAAGAAUGAAGUCGUUAUUUUAGACGCUGAAUUAAACUACAAACGGGGCGUGCGUUAACGUGAUUAGUCUCUGGUUACCGACACGUUUGAAGCUCAGCAGUUACCGAUCUCACGUGAGGUGACGCUCAUUUGAGGGAACCGGCUCUGAGAGCUCGUGAGGGCCGGAAGCGUCAACAAGCCGGAAGAACGCGUCCAACGAGGAGGGGAUGGAGAUUGACUGCCAGCCCGAGGAAUCCCUCGUCUCUUCAUUUGAUGAGGACUAUGUUGUGCCUGCUAACGUCAAGGACAUGGGUUUGGAGGCAGAGGCAGUGGUAAAGGACGUACUUUUUGCCGUUGCUGAAAUGUAUGUGUCGCAAAGUCUCAACAGCGCGUCAGAUGUGGCCUACAUAAACAUGAAAACACGAGAGGGAAACCAGUAUUGUGUGGAGCUCACAGAGGCGGGAUUGCGGGUGGUGGGCUAUGCCUUCAAUCAAGUGGACGAGGAUUUAAACACCCAGUAUUACGAGACAGUUUACUCACUUCUCGACUCGCUGAGUCCGGGCUACAGAGAAGCCUUUGGGAACGCUUUGCUCCAGCGGCUAGAGAGGCUGAAGCAAACCGGACAGUGAAAAGGACCACGAUGCUGCGCAAGUUAAAGUGGAAUGGAGGUUGAUGAUGUGGGUGUAUGAGCAAAGUCUGGUCAAAUAUUAUAGUCUGUGACAAACCUGCCCAACUACCACUACAAUAAGGGGUACCCUGCUCUAAUGGAACUGCGUGGUAUUGGCUGUAACAUUGUAUUGACUUUACUGUGGAAAGAUUUUCCAACUUGCACGAUACAAUUUUGUAACUGUGUUCACCGUUUGAGAAUCCUGGAUAGUUUUGUACUCAUCAAAAAGGAUCUAAGAAAGAAGGUUAUAUGAAUUAUAGCUCCAGUUUAGUUCUGUCCUGCUUGCACUAAAACUGAACAGAUUUCUGCUCAAACAUACCCAACUAGUGCAGCAGUGCAACAAAUGCCGCCUUAAUGACUGGACUUUUUAAAAUAAGAAAAUAUAACUAAUUUGUGUUGCAUUGACAGAUUAAUGCCAUCACGUUUCACAUGGUUAACUAGGUCAGACACCUUUGAAAAGUGUAUACAAUCCCAAUUUAUUUUCUCCAUUUCCUUCCUGUAUAAAUGUAUAUUUGCCACUCAAUUCUGGGGUAAUUUUCAAUGCACCACAUUUGUUUUAAUACAAGGAAGACAUGUUGAGUCGUUUCAAACGGCUUUGAUUAGUCAGUAUUUAGACGGCAUUCCUUGCUGCUGGCCUUUGCUCAGGCCAAUACGUUCUCAGAAUUACAUCAGUCUGCAUUUGUACCUCAUGUUUAGCCUCAAAUGUCCGACAGGCACAUUUGUUUUAAAAUGAAAACCAUUUUGUUCACUGCAUCAAGUGCUGAUUUGGAGGCAAUGUAUUAAAGUGUGUCUACAAUAGUG